UUCAUGAUUCAACACACUCAAACCUCUAGCAGAGAAGCUCGCAGGCAGGGCGUGGAUCAGUCUGACAGAGACACAGAGACACAGAGACACAGAGACACAGAGACAGCCCCUGCGAUCCAGUACGAAGGAGCAGGAGUCCGACAGCAGGGCUAUAUAUUAAUAUAGGGGACUGACAGACAGAGACCUCUCUGCUGGGGACUGAUCAGUCAACAGCUGAACAGAGAAGAAGGAGAAGAAGGAGCAAGAGAAGGAGAAGGAGGCAGUGAAGAGCCCUCUCGCUGACUGCACUGUUACACCAGGACUUGAGCUCAACUACUAAUCUGGAAAGAGGAGAGAGGAGAGAGAGGAGAGGAGAGAGGAGAGAGAGGAGAGGGGAGAGAGGAGAGAGGAGAGAGAGAGGAGAGAGGAGAGAGAGGAGAGAGGAGCACACACUGAACAGGUAAGAAUCCCCUCUGAAGCUCUGAGUGUUCACCAGGCAGCUGCUGGUCUCUGUACAGGAAGAUGUUACUGACAGGUUCACAUUGUAAUGCAAUGCUCUGGCCUCUCUUGUUACAUUCCUGGGACUUGAUUGUACUUUUGGAAUUGUUUUUGCUCGUGUUUCUGUCCGUUCCCCUCGGUGCAGCGUGACGGGCUGUGAUGUCACGCGGCUCAACAUUCCCGUUUCCCGUUCUCCCAGGUCACCAUGGCGGAGGCGUCUCCAGUCCAGGCCUUCCUGUUCGGAGUUCUGGUCUUCACCGGGAUUCUGGGAAACGUUCUGGUUAUCUUUACGGUGAUCAGCACAUCUCUGGACUCGCACCACCUGCCCCCCCCGACCGACAUCAUCCUGGUGAACCUGGCGCUGGCCAACCUGCUCACCUCCGUGUUCCGCACCGUGCCCAUCUUCAUCUCCGACUUAGGCGUGGAGGUGUACCUGUCCACGGACUGGUGUCGCGUCUUCAUGUUCGCCUGGGUGUGGUGGCGCUCGGUGGGCGUGUGGGCCACCUUCUCGCUCAGCCUGUUCCACUUCGUGACGCUGCGCCGGCAGGGCGUGACCGGGGCUCUGGCACGGAGGGCGGAGCUGAGGAAGGUGGGCGCCGCCCUCUUCCUGGUCUGGGCGCUCAACUUCCUGUACUCGCUGCCUGCCUUCCUGUACUCCGCCCACGUGAGGGGCAACUCCACAGUGGAGUUCAUGGUGAUCAGCUGCACCACGCGCCCCCUGCUCGGCUGCAUCUGGGAGUUCCCCUCCCCGCGCAUGGCGGUCGUGUUUGCCACGUCCUCGCUGGCCGUCCACGAGGUGGUGCCCACGGUGCUGAUGGUGGCCAUGAAUCUGGCCACGCUGUGCAUGCUGAAGAGGCACAUCCGCUCCGUGGCGGGGGCGGAGCUGACGGGCUGCCACGUGGACAGAGAGCGCAAGGCCAGCAAGGUGAUCGUGGUGCUGGUCACGCUGUUCGUGGUCUGCUGGGGCACGCAGAUGCUCUCCGUGUCCUACUACAACUACAACAAGGGCGACCACGCCGUGUUCCUGCUCACGCUGGCACACUUCACCUCCUCCAUCUUCGUGGGAUUCAGCCCCCUGGUGGUGGCGUUCGGCCACAGCAAGCUGCGCAACAGGAUCAAGAGGAUGCUGCUCUGGGGCAGGGAGAGGGGGCAGGGAGGAGGAGAGGGGGAGCAAGGCAAGGGGGCAGGAAGGGUGAUCAGCAGGGCAGGGAACGAUCCCCAUCCCUCCUGCUGAUUCAGGGGCAGGGGACUGACACGACUCUGUGUGCUGCAGCUUCACUAGCCAUGCUACUGGAAGCAAGAGCACAGCCAAGUGCAGUGAAGAAAGAAACAAAGACUGGAAAAGCACAGAGACACACGCACACACACACGCACACGCACACGCACACACACACAUAUACACACAU